GGUACACAAGAAUGUUUGGAGUAUUUCGCUGACGAAACGUACGAUGAGGGAAUUAUUGUGAAUGAUCGAGGUGAUAUUUGGAAUGAGAUAAACCUGCCGUAUUCAUGUACAUCGUUUUCGGUCACUUCGCAGUACGUCGUAAUAUGUCACGCGAAGAAGAAGAAAAAACCACGUUAUAUGCAGUUGCCGAAUGUCGAUAAAACACAAUGGAUACCGAUGAAAAAUGAUGCCGAGAUGAUACAAACAAAUGAUGAAGGAACAUUGGUGUGGAGGAUACAUAAAGGAGUAGCUUAUUCGCCAUUGUCAAACGAAGCGAGCUGUUCACGUCCGUGUUCGUUGGCGUGGGUGAUGGCCGCGAACGAGGGUGGUGGUAUCGUCGAGUGUGCGCUGACCCGUGAGACCGCUUGGUAUACAACCAAAAAUGGAGAGGUAUACGUGCAAUUACGUCUUCCCGAAAUGGGCAUACUGAGCCGUUGUGAGUCGGCCUGGUCGUUGGAGUGCAUAACCGCAAGCGAGGUGGCCGUAUGGGCUCUACAAUCGAAUACGGGUCGUUUGGUGGUGCGAGCUGGUCUGAAGCAUUGCCCGCUCGGUUUGGAUUGGGUGGAAAUUGAGUCAGUUUCCGUAUGUUAUCAGUCGGUCCACUUCACAGUGAUCAUGCUUACUUGA